AAAAAAGGUCAGGCAAAGAAAAACAAUAAAUCAACAAACCGCUGUAAACAAACAAACAAACAGAGAUCCUGCCUAUCAACUCCUUCACAACGUAGCACCACAUAGUGGCUCCGAAGUAUUCAGUGGAAUAUGAGGCAAGAUCAGUUUCACCGUGUGAAGGUGUACUUUUUGUCUGAUGUUUGGGAGGAUAACGGCACGGGUUAUUGCUUUGGAGAGGUGUAUGACGAUGAGCCGCCGUGUCUCGUUGUACGGAACGAGCUUGAUCAAACUGAACAACUACUUAAGGCGGCUAUCGAAGGAACGAUCCAGUUCCAACGACAACAGGAUACGUUGAUUGUGUGGACCACAGCUGAAGGUCAGAGCAUAGCGCUGUCGUUUCAGGAAAAGGAAGGCUGUUCGAAGAUGUGCGAUUUCAUAGUACACGUCUUCACUUCAAGGCUUGCGCCUAAGAUCUCAUUGGUUAGUGUGAUAUCAGGGAACGGAGAUUCACAAGAUGGCGAUAUAACGGAGCUGAUUGUAGGACCCGUGAAUUUACCUCCAGAAGAUCCCAGCUCUGAUGACCUGUUGACGAUCUUCAACUGCUUUAACGAGAACCCCAACAGCGCGUUCCAAAGACAGGUGAUUUCAAGCUUCAUCCAAGAUCAGGAUUAUAUUCACAAACUGGUGUUGUUAUUCCACCAAAAUGAGGCAAAUCGUAAGAUUAAAAAUCUUCAUCUCUUGUGCAAUAUCGUAAAGACACUCAUAGUGUCUAACGAGUCCUUAACCAUUGAGAUGAUACUGGACGAUAAGAAUAUGAUGGGGGUUGUUGGGAUCUUGGAGUACGACCCUGAUUUCCCAACGUUGAAGGCAAAUCAUAGAAGCUAUCUUCAAGAUGAAUCCAGCUUUAAGGAAGUUUUACCUGUAAAGGAUGAAAAGAUGAAGAAUUUGAUCAAGAGAACUUUCAGAUUGCAAUUCCUCAAGGAUGUCGUAUUAGCCAGACUAUUGGACGAUCCAUCAUUCAAUGUGAUCUCGACCCUAAUACAUUUUAACCAUAUCGAAGUGAUUCGGUUCUUGGAGAGUGGUGAUUUCAUCGAUUUGUUAUUGCAGAAAUAUGACGAAUCUCAACACUACGAAGUUGACAUAAAGAGGGAUGGAAUAAAACUGUUACAUCAAUUUGUGUUAAUUGCAAAGAAUCUACCUACAAAGCAAAAAACUCGUUUUUACAAAAGUUUGAUAAGGAAAGGCUUAUUCAAGACAAUUGAUUUUGUCUUGAAGGAUGAUUCCUUGGAAGUGAGAGUACAAGGAACGGAAUUAAUCGUGUCAAUAAUUGAACAUGACGUUUUACUGGUUAACGGACCUGACGAACAAGGGUUUGAAGAGACAACUCUAAGUGAGGAGAAUGAUAAUGGUGCCUUUAGCAGCGAGAGUUAUGAAGAUGAACGAGACGAUCAAUUAACUUCGAAAACUUCUAGAGUUAUCACCUUAUCUGACGAUAUGACACUUUUCCAGGUAUUGACUAAAUUCCUCUUGGAGGACAACGAUCCUGGACUGAGAAUGCAAGCUUUUGAAGCUCUCAGAUCAUUAUUGGAUCCUGCUAGCACGUCUUCUUCUGCAAUAUUUGGUGAUCAAGACAGUGAUAGAAAUCUCAACACAACACAAUAUUUCAUGGCAUUCUACAAGGAAGUUUCACCAAAGCUGUUUGAACCUUUGAUCCAAGCCGCAGAGAAUGAAACAAAGGUGGUUACUGAAUGCAAAGAGGAUAUGUACAUGUAUUUGUUUGACCUCAUGAGUUUCUGCUCAAAGGAUAAAGUAUUAUCGAGAUCCUUCUUUAUGGAAAACCAUAUCCUUAAGGGGAUUUCAACUCUGGUCAAACCUAGGCAUAAAUUACAAUUGAGACUUUCAGCUGUCAGAUGCUUAAAAUUUAUCAUUAUGCUGAAUGAUGAAUAUUACAUUAGAUAUAUCAUUUCUAAUGACCUGUUGCAAAAUGUGUUUGAGUUAUUCCAAGAAUCACAAUUUGUUCCAGAUUUGGCGUAUUCCACUGUUUUAGAUCUUUUGGAGAUCAUUCUCAUGGGCAUAGAGAAGGGUGGUGAUAAGAAGAAUUUCAAAUUGCUGGCCAAUUACGUUGUUUCUAAUUAUCAAACAGUGUUGGAGACGAUUGAGGAUGUCAGCUCCGGUAAGGACCUGAUCGACAUAGUUAACAAACCCCAAAUGGGAGAUAACAGAGGAGAACAAGUUGAUGAUGACGAAGACUACGAGGAUAUGAUCACAAGACAGGAGAUACUCACUGAGCCUUUGGAUGCUGAAGAUUCUGAAGUUCAAACGGCAAUCUUCAACGAGACAAGAAAUCUAUCAUAUUUGACCAAUGGCGUAACGGUUGAGAAACGCCUUCGUGAAGACGAUGAAGAGGAGAACGACGAUGAAGGCAAGCAUAACCAAUUUACUUCAACUAUGAAGAAAAGCACAUUGAAGGAAAAAUUCACUAAUGCUGGUAAGAAAUUUGCAUCUAAAUUGGUACAUAAAUAACAUGACAUGACAUGACAGUCCAUAAUA